AUGGGUAGUAUUCCUAAGAUUCCGGUCAUAGACUUCUCCCGCAACAGCUUAAAGGCAGGAUCACGUUCAUGGAUUGAAGCCUGCAACAAAGUCUGCAACGCACUCGAAGACUACGGUUGCUUUGUGGCAACACUACCCGAUGCAGAUUGUUCAGAGAUUCACAACAGCCUCUUUGGUAGCUUGGACGACCUGUUUGAUUUCCCAAAAGAGAUCAAGCUCCAGAACACUCAUGAGCAGGGUUUCCGUGGUUACUAUGCACGUACUUUGCGUCCUGAAGGCUUCGGGAUUGAUGAUCCAACAGACGCUGAGGCUACUAAUAAGUUUACCAAACUCUUCUAG